UUAGAACGACAUUUUCGGUUCCUACUUGAUAUUCAGUGUACACACAGUUGCAAGUUAGUGACAGACGAGCCGCUCACGAGGGUCUGAAGAGAUGGCGAAGGAAGGGGGCUGUUUGUUUCGGAUAGGGUACUUUUUCUACUCAAGAACUCGUAUUGGACAGAUUUAUCACAAUCGAGACAUAGCAAAGGCUCGAGAAAAAUAUCCAGAUGGUCAGACACAUUCCGUCAUUCAACCACUGAAAUAUGGGGAGUUAACACUUACACCUCUUCCAAUUCUCUUGGACAACUAUUCCUACAUCCUCAAGGAUUCUAAAUCAGCAGUUGUAAUUGACCCCGGUGACCCAGAACCAGUCAUUAAAUACCUCCAAGACAACCAGAUAUCUCCUGAAGCUGUGUUAGUCACACACAAACACUGGGAUCACAGUGGUGGAAACAGUGCAAUGAAACAGCAGUAUCCCAGCAUCCGGAUUUAUGGAGGAGUCCACGACAAUGUGAACAAUGUGACUGACACUGUGAAAGACCUGGAUGUUUUGCAGUUUGGUGACAUGAGUUUCACCGUUCACUUCACCCCGGGGCACACUGAAGGGCAUGUGGUUUUUCUUCUAGAUGGGACACCCUUCGGGAUGUCAGAUUCCUUGUUCUCAGGGGACCAUCUCUUUCUGGGUGGAUGUGGGAGGAUGUUUGAGGCGGCACCAUCUGUCAUGCUGGGAUCUCUAGACAAAGUGUCCAGUUUUAAAGGAGAUGUUUUGGUCUGGCCAGGUCAUGAAUAUGCAAAGGAUAAUUUGGAUUUUGCGUGUCAUUUAGAAAGCAGCAAUGAAGAAUCGAAGAAAAAGUAUGACUGGAUAAAGAAUCAAAGGAAACAGAACCUGUGUACCUGUCCAUCAACUAUUGAAGAGGAGAGAUCAUACAAUCCAUUCCUGAGAACAGCAGAGCCAAGUAUCGUAGAAGCAUUGAGUGUCAAAGAGUUUGAACAACCAAUCACUGACGAGACAAGGGCAAAAAUCCUCCGGGAAAUUCGGACCCGUAAAGACAGUUAUAAAUACAAACUGUAGGACUGCAUACUCAUUUAUAUGACCACACUUUUAGCUAAACGUGCUAAUCAUGUAAUAUGUAAUACAGUCCAUGUAAGCAAAUAGUUGUGAUAAAUUUAUUUGAUUGUGUUUUAUAUAUGAUAUUGUACCUUUGUACUUAUGUCUAUGAAGUAUUGAUUUGUAAUUGCUACAUUGACACUAUAAACACAAGUUCAUGUACAGGAAACAGGGAAGGAUUUCUUUGUUUUAUCCUUCAUAUGUAUACAUUUACAUGUACUUAUACACAGACGGGUUUAAUUUAAUAUAUUCAUUGAUGUAAACUGUAUUUAUUAAUUGAACAAUUCACAUGAAACAUAUAAACAUACUGUAAGUGCAAUAGGAUUCAGGACUUGUGUAAAUAUGUCUCCUAUAUUACAUAUAACAAUGAUAUAGUGUAAACACAUAUACACGAUUCGUCAUUUAAGUACAAGUACAAAUAGUGUUAAAACAGAAGUAUACAAGGAUGAUGAUGUGUGGUGGGGUUGUGUGAUACAUGUAUUUUCCUUCACAUCAUGCACUUACAUUCAUUAUAUACCCUUCGAACAAAGUUUGAGUGUAUAUUGGUUUCACUCCAUACAUCCUGUCUGUUCGUCUGUGUAAAAAGUUAGCCCAAAGAUUUUCUGAAAGGCAUUUCAUUUACUUUAUGUCAAAGGACCCUCCCCACGUUAGCUGUAGCUUUUUACCAUCCCUCUUUUCAAAGAAGAAAUGAUUUAUCCAUUACAGUUUUUGGUAAAUAUUUGAUUAAACACUGAUGUAUCUCCAGUAUGUGUACAGUCCUUUUUCCCUGGGAUAUUGGAAGAUAAUGCAUGGUAGAAAACUAAGUUUUAAUUGGUCACCCUAAACCUGAAAACUACAGAAUUGCUUCCCAAGGUCUAUUCAGGUCAACGAGGUAGAAAGAAAACGUCCAAGUUUGGCAGAGUUUUACUGGUUUUUUUUGGUUUUUUUUAUGAAUUUCAUCACCAGCACAAGAUUGUCCAGUUUUGCCUUUUGGAUAUAAUUUUCUUUAUUACAAAAAUCUGGACAACCUUGUGCUUGAUAUAAACAAUGGCUUAAAAGCCAGUCAAUCGAUGGAUAUCAAUAGAGAUUUAAGAAAAACAGACAAACUCGAUUUCAAACGUGAACGAACUUUUCAGUAAAAUAAAAUGCUCAGUUAAGGUAUUAAUGAUCAUCUUGGAUUGCAUAAUUCAAACUUUGAUGUUUUACUAAAUCAUAGGGGACCGUAUGUUACAGCGAAAGUGGGGAGGUCUUUUGCGGAAAUGUUGUAUACUAUGUAAACCCGUGCACCUGGUAUUUUCAAAUUCAUUUUUAAAUCUUGAAAUUUCUGUACAUUCUGCAAGUAUCCUCCUCCACAGAAACUUAUUAUUCCCAUUAGGACAGAUCUAGUUUAAAAUGGUAUGAAUUUCAUAUGUUACAUAAAUUCUAUUUAAUGUUAAUUGAUAUCAUUAAUAUAUUUACUACCAUUUUUAGUUUUACUUGUAUUUUUGGAAAAUUAUAUUAUCAUUUAUAUUUCUUAUGCAAGAAUUGUAACUUAAAAGCUCACAUAAGUUGCACCCGUUUGAUUUACAGUCAUAAACAAUCUAAUUAGAAUCAGAAUUCUUAGGUCCGCGCCAUAUACUCUGCGUAAGAGCGGAUCUAAGAAGUCUGAUUUUGAUUAGAUUGCAGUCAUAGAUUAACAUUUGUGAGUGGGCCAGUCCCACACAUGCUUUGGAUGGUUUUCAUCUCCACAGUCACUGGCCCCAUUUUACCCAGAAAAGUUCUAGUACUGGGCUGCAGUCAAGAUCAUGGCGGCUAGCCAAGGGGCUAGGUAUGUUGGCUGAUUUGUGCCAUUUUGCACUACAUCGUCUUUUCAUUUCUAGGCAAAAAGACAACAAAACGAUAUUUAGCGACCUUUCGACCCGAAAUAACGAGAAGACGACAGAAUGAUAAUAUUAGCUACUUUUCGACUCAAAAGAACGAAUAUACAACAAAUUGUAAAGUGGCAAAAUCAGCCACCAUACCCAGCCCCUAGGUUACCUGCUACGAUUUUGAACGCAGCCCAGAAUCUUGAGAUCUAAAGUGACAUUUGCCUUGUACCAUGAACCCCCCCCCCCCCCCCCCUCAUUUUUAUACUCUGUUGGAUUCUGCCUAUUUACAAAUUAUACAGCGGCAUUAUCAAUGUGUUACAUGUGUUGUGUUAUUGUUUAAAAUUGUAUCUAACAAAUGUAUAUGUUUUGAUAAUGGAAUUUCAUUAAAAGGCUUUAAAUAUA